AUGUCUCAACGUCCAUCCCAGAGCUCAGGACAAAAGAAUGCCUUCACUACUAGGCUUCUUGACCAGAAAUACCCCGGUAGCGGCUCAAAAGAAUCUCCAUACCUUAUCAACUUCUUACCGGAUGAUCCUCACAAUGCGAUGCUACUCCCGACGUGGAAGAAGUGGGCGUUCACCUGCUUUCAGGGCCUAGCAACGCUGGCUACAACAUUUGCCAGUUCAGCAUAUUCCGGAGGCAUUGAGCAGAUAAUCCACUCCUUUGACAUCUCCCAAGAGGUAGCCACGCUUGGUAUUUCCCUCUACGUUCUGGGAUUCGCAUGUGGUCCUCUUAUCUGGGGUCCCCUCUCCGAACUUUAUGGAAGGCGAAAGAUCUUCUUCUUCACUUUCAUGGCAACCACAGCCUUUAGCGCUGGAGCAGCUGGAGCCGGUUCGUUCCCGGCCUUACUCACCCUCCGGUUUCUUGCUGGCUGUAUCGGCUCUGCGCCUUUCUCGAAUGCUCCAGCUGUAAUUGCUGACAUGUUUGAUAAAUCUGAACGAGGAAUGGCGAUGUGCAUGUUCUCGGGCGCGCCGUUUCUAGGACCUGCAAUUGGUCCCAUAGCAGGUGGUUUUCUUAGCCAGGCCGGAGGUUGGCGAUGGCUGCAUGGGCUUUUGGCUGUAUUCACCGGCCUCACUUGGAUCACAACAACGAUAUUCGUCCCUGAGACGUAUGCGCCUUAUAUCCUUCGAAAACGGGCCCAACAACUUUCGAAACUCACCGAGUACACAUACAUCUCUACAUUCGAUGCCAAUAAACCACCAGCUACGGCUACUCAACAGCUCAGAGUCGCUCUUACUAGACCGUGGCUUCUCUUGUUCAAAGAGCCUAUCGUCUUGAUCACGUCAAUCUAUAUAUCAAUCAUAUACGGAACCAUGUAUAUGUGCUUUGCGGCCUUCCUCAUCGUCUUCCAACAAGGAAGAGGCUGGAGUCAAGGUCUAGGCGGCCUAGCGUUCACUGGAAUAGUCAUUGGAGUUAUCCUUUCGAUCAUCAGCUUCGUUUUUGAAGAUAAGCGAUAUGCUCGUGCAGCAAACAAGAGAGAUGGCCCGAUGCAUCCAGAAGAUAGAUUGCCACCCGCCAUGGUGGGCUCUAUCCUGAUUCCUCUUGGACUUUUUUGGUUUGCCUGGACAACCUUUCCCAGUGUUCACUGGAUCGUUCCCAUCAUUGGUACUGUAUUCUUUGCAUGGGGUCUUGUGCUAGUCUUCAUGGCACUAUUAAAUUACCUGGUAGACUCAUAUGUUAUUUUCGCCGCCUCUGUCAUGGCUGCAAACUCAGCCCUUCGAUCAUUGUUUGGUGCUGCCUUCCCACUGUUUACAAGGCAGAUGUACGAGAAUCUUGGAGUCCAGUGGGCUAGCUCUAUACCAGCUUUCCUCGCUUUGGCCUGUGUCCCUUUUCCUUUCUUGUUCUUCAAAUAUGGCCCGCAAAUAAGGAUGAAGUGUGAAUAUGCAGCUGAAGCGGCUGCAGUUCUUGAAGGUAUCCAAGACCGAGACAUUACUGAUACUGCAGAUGACACCAUGGUCGAGGAUGAAGGAAUCUGCAGGGCUUAG